AUGUGCCGUCGCAUCUACAAAUACUACACAGCCUGCGGCUGCAUCCUCAACGCCCUCUUCUACCACAAGUGCACCCACGGCUCGGCCUCGCCUCUCUGCAAGGAGGAAGACGGCAUUGUCACCCGCGAUGGCGAGACGUGCCCCUACCACACCCGCGUCGCUCGCCAGCAAGCCCGUAGCCGCCGCCGAGCCAACGGAGGAGGAACGCAAGGCUCGGAGAAGAAAAUCCGCACGUUCAUCGAGAAUCCCCUCACGAUCACCGGCGCAGGCGAGGGUAUCAUCACCACGAAGCUCGAGGACCGCCACCAGCUGGGUGACUUUCAAGUCUUCAUCAAGGAUAUCGACACGUUCCUGAAGAAGCUGGCGGAGUGCCAGAAUGGUACUCGGACUGAGACUAAGAUCGAGACCCUGGCCGAGUCUCAGCUUCAGCAGAAGUCGAAGAAGCAAGAGGGAAAGAGCAACCAGCAGCUCAAGGACAGAAAAGUGAGCCGCGAACUCCCCCCCCUCGCCGGCUGCUCAGACUGGACCGACGACGACGAGAACGACAACGCCAUCGCCCGGCGCAAGAGACGCGACCGCCUUAAGAAGGAGUUCCGCGCCCUCGUUCGCGAAAAUGACAAUAACAAGAAGCUCUUUGACGCGAGCGACAUCUUCAUGAGCUCCGACUGUGGCGAUGACGAUGACGCCUCCGACAGCAGCAGCAGCAGCAGCAGCGACUCGGACCCCGGUGAUGCGUAUCCUUCGCCGAUGAGCAUGAGCCCGCACUAUAGCAAUUACGGCGACGUCUUCGAGAGCGACGAGUCGUCGGAUGCGGAUGAUAUUCAUCCUUCGUCAUCGAGCCUGAGCCCCGACCAUGGACAUGUCAGCAACGUCUACGAGAGCAGCAAUGAUUCGAUUCACGGUAACAUGCAGUCCUCGAUUGCGGGCCAGGCUCAUUGCAGUGAACCCCUUCCGGCGUUUCUCUCAUGGGACACGCCUCCCGAGAACUCUGAGAACAUGGAGGAGGAUGAAGAGACUGAGCAUGAGGCUGAAGAUGAGCCUGACUACGAUAGUCACGACUCGGAUAUGCCUGAUGCCGAUGAAGACAAUGGAGACUACGUUCCGGAGCCUACCUGGCCUCCCACUGGGGUUGAGUGGACCUCCAAGCUCAAGUACAUGACUGGAAUCCCCCGCCGCGACUAUCGAUGA